AUGACUCGCCUUACGAUCCUUUCCUCCCUGCUGGCGCUGGCUUCCGGAGCUUUGGCUGCCACACCCAUUCCAGACAUAUCACCAUUGGGUGUUGUGGGCGCCUUUGGCGGCUGCUCUGUCGACCCCAGCGACUCCAACUAUGCAGGAUCUGUCACAGUGGAUGGCUGGUCUAUCAAAGUACCAAAGAACCUCAUCGUCCAGUUUCCUACUAUUUGGGUCCCCUUCAAGAACCUCUGCGGGGCUGGUAUUGAUGGGUACGAAGUCACCGUCUUUGGCAACAUCAUCGGUUCGACGCCAACAGCCGCACAAAUCAUCGUUACCGGUGGGUUCGAACUACGAUCAGGCGUAGGAUACAUUGAUUCAAUCGAUGUUGCCGAUGGUUCAUUCAAGCUUCGUGGACUUGGUACCAAGUUGCGACUGAGCGACCCGAACGGUGUGUUUGGAAAGGAAUCGAACCUAUCACCAUUCUUCCCAGUCGACGAUGAGAACCCAAGCAUCCAAGCAUUCUCCGGAUUCCCUAUGUGCUUCCCACGUUCAUCCAGUGAUGAUAGGUGCCCCUCCUCAAACCGCCCAGCCGGAUCAACGAACUUUGCGGCUCCUGAUCCUCUGGCUAUGGUUCCUUUCCUGGUCGGCGACUUCAUUACAUACACUGCUAUCCCCAAGAGUGGCGAGCUCCUCGUGUUCGAGAUGUCGGCCACCAAUGUGCAGGUCACGACUUCAGCCUCUAACACAGUACCCAAUUAUAUCUUCAUUGAAGAUGCAAUUAUUGGAAUCACUGACGCUGAUCCCAACGUCGAGGUUGCUGAUACUCGGUUCAUUGGCUACCUUUCCAGCUGCACUGGCGCCUCAGUCCAAAUCUAUGCCAUUGAAGUCGACCCAUGUACAGGCGACGAAAACCUCCGCCAGGUCGGCUCUGCCACGCCCAGAGCCGGCGACGUUCGAUGCAAGUGGGAAGCCCGUGUCGCAGCCUCCACCCCGUACACCCGCGAAUACGUCAUCAAGACGAACACCCCCGUCGUCGAGACCAAGGACGGAUUGAAAGCCGGACAAUAUAUCACACCCGUUACAGAAUGGAUCCAGCCCGAGGUCAACGUCCCUGGCGCCGAGCCCCCAGCACACCGCUUUUCCGACAUUCGCGGCCUUGUGCAAGGCGACUUUCUCGACGGCGAGCAAUAUGGCCCUCUCUCUCCGUUCCCCGGACCGACGCCGCCCUCCCCAUCCAAGACUUGUAGCCCCAACGAUCCCAGCGGACCCGUCGCGGAGCCCACCGCCACCAUCGCCCCCUUCUCCGCCGACCAGCGCACAGGCGCAACCAUCCAGCUCGUCGUCCAAAACAACAACACGGACAUCCCCAACUCCGCGCUCGAGUUCAAGUGGACGCAGAUCGAGCCCUCGGGCGUCCCCAGUGCCUCCGUCACGCUCGAGUCCCCAGCCGCGCAAACCGCAUCCUUUGUCGCGCCCAAGCUGACCGCCGCGACCACGCUCAAAUUCGAAGCCACCAUCAGCCUCAAGUCAGACUCGUCGAAGACGUCCAAGGCACAGGUCUCCGUACGCGUAUCCGGCACUGUGGCUGACAUCGUCACGCUCGACACGUACACGUGGGAAAGCCGGCAGAGUGGGACGAUUGGCGUGACAUGCCACUCGAAUGUCGCGAAUGGGGAUGUCAAGACGAUGACGCUGGCGCUAAACAACAAUGGCACGCGGUUGGCGAUGAGUAGUUUGGGCAGUGGGAGGUUCAGUUAUAGCGCGCGGAGCACGAAGCAGCCGACGAAUGUGCAGUGUUAUAGCAAUCUGGGUGGCAAGAGUGCGCUGUUAACUGCGCCGACGAAGAGGAAGAGAGAUUUCAAGAGGACGGUUGUUUUGGAGUGA